AUGACUCAUAUCCUUUUGCAGUUUUACAUAAUCGAACGAGGUAACCAGAGGGAGAAGGAUCGCGAAAGAGCUAAUGCUCGUGGUGGCGCCAAAGGGAAGAACAAAGACGAUGGGUUGACUCCUGAACAACGUCGUGAAAGGUUUGAUAUUAUGUCUAUGAACUGGGCUCAACGCAAAAUCUUCCUUUACAAUGUCACUUUUGGACUAUACAUGUUGGAUCCAUGGGAGCGCUAUUUGUUCAAUGCUUUGGUAAUUGUCUUGAUGUGGUUCAUAUUCUACAACGGAUAUCGGAACCUCAAUGAAUUAUGCAAAAGGCAUUUAUGGUGAAGGUUGAGCCUAGAAUGAAAUCUAAAAGGAAAAGGAAUAGGAGGUUGUUGACUUGUUGUAGCUUGCAUCAUCUGUACAAUUUUUGCCUCAUUUCAAAGUUACUUUUUUUUUUCUUUUCAUUUUGUGAAUCAGUAACAAUAAUCAUUUCGAUUGUUUCAUAUUUUAAUUGAAUUGUCAUUUUUGUAUACCUUUUAGUUCUGAAUUUUUUACUCAAACAUGAUUCUCACUUUGCUCC